AUGAGGAAGGUGUGCCCCAACCUAGACCGGGAGGACGGCCUCGACACCGUGCUGGAGGUGCCGGUCCCCGAGCUCCACCAGGAGGUGCCGGCCCGCCGGCGCCGCACGGUCAACCUGAAGGCGUGGAUGCGGACGCACAUGCACAUCGAUCACCAGCAUAUGCAUCGCCGUGACGGCGUGCAGGUCAUGCUCGGCGUGAUGGGCGCGCCGCUGGUGCCUCAGCCCGUGCAGCCCAGGAGGCCCAUGGGCGGACGUGACAGUAAGGAGGAGCCCCUCGAGCUAUCCAAGGCGAGGUAUAUAGUGGAGCAGUACGUGGCGGCUGCCGGCGGCGAGGCGGCGCUGAGCGCGGCGACUAGCAUGUUCGCCAUGGGGAAGGUGCGGAUGAGCAGCACUACAUCCAAGAGCAGCAAGGCAACAAAGAAGGGAAUGGGAGAGGUGCACGGAGGAUUUGUGGUGUGGCAGAAGAAGCCGGAGCUCUGGUGCGUGGAGAUGGUCGUGGCCGGUGGCACCAAGAUGAGCGCCGGCAGCGACGGCAAGGUUGCCUGGCGCCAGACGCCGUGGCAGCAGCAGGCCCACGCCUCCCGGGGGCCGCCGCGACCGAUCCGCAGAUGCGUUCAGGGUUUGGACCCAAAAUCCACGGCGGACCUCUUCUCCAGCGCCGCGUCUGUCGGCGAGGAAGCAGUCGACGGCGAGGACUGCUUCGUGCUCCGCGUCGACGCGGAACCCUCCGCUCUGCACGCCCGCAGCGGCGCCGACGUGGAGGUGAUCCGGCACGCGCUAUGGGGAUACUUCAGCCAGAGGACGGGGCUGCUCGUCCGUCUCGAGGAUAGCCACCUCUACCGCCCCGUCGACGGCAUCAACAUCGCGCACGCCGGCCGCACCGUCGUCUCGGUGUCCCCCUUCACGAGGGCCGCCGGAGCAGUAGACGACGCCGACGCGCGCAGGAAGAGACCGUGCACGUGCAUGGAGGAGACGUGGAGCAUCGAGGAGGUGGAGUUCAACAUUGCGGGGCUGUCCACCGAGUGCUUCUUGCCUCCCAGGGACCUUGUGCUCAGCGACUCCAAAGACCAGCCGCGGCACAACAAGGAGCAAGGCGAUAAGGCGGCAAAGGGUGCUCGGGACGGCGACGGUGGCUGCGGGAUCCGCGUUGCUGUGCCAAAGAAGGCACUUGUUCCGGUUGUGACUGGACUAGGUUGGUUUGGUCCGGCCAAGGUUGCCGCGGUUGACAGCUUAGACGCUGCCGACGAGUCCAAAGACACCACGCAGAGGGCGGCGCGGCGGGGCUUGCUGCUAGCGAUGCAGGGCGAGGCAGAUGAGGCGUCGGGCUGCGACUGGCAGGGUGCAGGCGAGGACGGAGUGGAAGCGAGGAAGGCCGGGAUGGGCGCCGGCGUCGAGGAGCUUCGGGCGACGCAGAAGCUUGAAGUAGAAACCAUGGCGCUCCCUGUCCAUGGAGAAAAAUAG